CUUUUUUGCUUCAGCAAAAGAAUCGCAGAAGUUUCCAUCCAGAUUUGACGAAAUUGUUUACUAAAUUGAUAAACUCAGUGGAAAAAGCCAAACAGUGCACGCUCCGAGCGCCAGCUUUGAACGUACUCCGGACACGCACGCUGCACAAACAUUAAAAUGCCAGUGAAAAAUGGUGACUCCGAUGGGGAAGGGGACGUCUCUGGGGCAGAGUCGGAGCGCUCCAACUCCAGCCAGGGCCGUGACUCCUCCGACGAGGAGGAGAACAACGAAUGCGACUCCGAUGACUCCUCCGAGAUGGACGUCUGUGAAAUCGAGCGCAUUCGAGCCGAACACAUUGAGGAUAUGCUGAGUCUGGAGCGGCAGUUCAACACGCUGCGCGAGCAAUAUUACUUUGAGCGCAUCGCCUGGAUCGAGAGCCAGCUGUCGGAGGUGCGUUCCGGCCGUUCCGAGGAGUAUGUGCAUCCCCAGAGGGACCUCGACAAGGUCUACCGCACCCGCAUCGAGGUGGCCGAUGUGCUGCGGAGAUUUCGCCUGCAGAAUAUCGAACACAAGUUCCUGUCCGAGGAGCAGGCCUGCGUCCAGCAUCUGGAGAGCGAGAAGCAUAUGGUGGGAGAGAACCUACGAGAGGAGCUGGAGGAGCGGAUACGACGCCUGGAAGAGGAUCGCCACAACGUAGACAUCUCGUGGGCCGACUGGGGCACGGACAAGCGGCAGAGCAAGGUGCGUGGGCCGGGGCGAAAGAAGGCCGUCACCGUCACUGGUCCCUAUGUGGUGUACAUGCUGCGUGAGGAGGACAUCAUGGAGGACUGGACGAUCAUCAGGAAGGCGCUAAAGCGCACCUCCACCACCAGUACAACGGGUGCGGGCCCCGCGCAAGGGGGUCCAGUCCCACCCACAUCGGGUACGAGCGCACUGGCUGGUCCCACUGUCGGCAUAGGAAUGAGCAUGGGCAUGGGCAUGGGCCUCUCCGCCCUCAGUGGCGGGGUACCGGCAAUGGCCGCUGGCAGUGUAUAGCGGUGGGGAACUGCUGCCUGCGCCCCCAUGCGUACCUGACGGUGGCAGAGGCAGCAGCAGCUGCAGCGGCAGAAGCAACAGCAGAGCUUCUCCCGACUCGGAUCGACACCCCCAUCCACACCGCCACUCUCCUCAUCCCGUUAUUCCGCCUUCUCCCACUGUGGUGAGCCAUGACUAAACGGUAAAAGGUUGAUGGUUGGUAAACUGGAGUCUGGAGUCGUCGUCGUCUCGUGUCGUGUCCCACUCGGUUCCAAGCCCCACAUUAAAUCCUCCUAAAUAGCUAGAUGUAGUUUAAGGCACAGUUCGCACUCUCAAUGUAAAUUUCCACUGCAACCAAGCCAAUCCCCUCGAUGUAAUUUAUGCCUAAACAUUUAAGCAAAAUAAAUUAACUGCAAUUAUUGUGUGUAAAAUGUG